CUGUGGGUGCACAGAUCACUCUCGACCGUCGUCGAUAUCAUCUCGCUGAAAUGACUGUCACUCUCCCACCUGAGCUGGUCAGCCAGAUCCUUGUCCACCUGGCGCACACAGAUCCUCUCACUCUUCUUUUCUCCGCCCGGCAUACUUCGAGAGACUUCAGAGACUACAUCGACAGAACGAUUAUCCCGCGCCUCCUACCACAAUGUACAUUCUCUUUCGAAGCGGGGUAUGGGUCAGUCCGGACAGACAACCGGGUCGUAGUCGAAGCCGACUUCCACUUCAUCUCGUACGAUAAGGCAUAUGGACGAGCAACGUUCGGUGUGAAAGAGGAAGAGGUGACGAAGUAUCUCAAGGAUGAGUUCAUGGAGGCUGUGAAGAGCGGGAAGGUGCAUAUCACUGCUGCGUACUCGUUAUGGGCUAGUGAUGAAGAUGUGAUGAGUGUAUGGGUGGAGUGGGAUUCGUUGAGCUUGACGGUCGAUGCGGUUGAUCUGUUACGAACGAUCAUGAGAGAUACGUACAAAAUUAAUCGUCUCCUCCCAGGUACUGCGGAGCGAGAAGAAGCUAUUGUUACGUCCUGGGAGCAAAAGCUGGAUGAGGGUCUCGUGACGGGUGUGAAGGAUGUAGAGAAAUUGUAUCAGGCGUAUGAUCAAGGAGCCGAGAUUCGGAGAAGAGUGAGGCAGAAGAGGUUACCAGCACAGAAAGCAGAUGAGAAUGGAUUCCAACGACAGGAGCAUUUGAGGUUCUUUAGGGCUUUGGAGAGGUAUCAGGAGAGGUUGGUGUUUAUGCACACGAAGCCAAAGGCACCUGCGGAUGCCUGACGUUAUCUGGAAAAGGCAUGGGUGAAGUCGCAGUUCGUUGCAAUAAGAAGACCCGAGGAUGACUGCCCACGUCAAGUGCCAUCUAGUCUUUUCGAGCAUGCGGCCCUCGUACAGUGCAUAAGCCCGCGGGACACGCAACUUCGAGCUUGAAGGAUCACACUUGGAACGGAAGUCAAGGCGAUCUGUGGAACAGAGAAAGGGACAAAUAAUGUAUCACGUAACACUUGCGUGAAUUGACUUCUAGAUGCUGCUCCUAUGACCUAGACAGAAAUCGUCUUGAAAACAUUAAAACCAUUGCCCGCCGUACUGACCACAACUCCCGGAAUCUGCGGAUGCC